CAAAGAGUCCGUCCUCCAGUCCCGGCCCGCCACCUACACCCGCCCGUCCUCGCUCUCCUCCUGGCCUCUCCUCGUCUAUUUUCCCCCUCCCCACUGCAGGAUGAGCGCGGCGGCGGCAGACGGCUGCUUUCUGUCCGCCCUGCAGCCCAACUCCUCCCGCACAGCCUACGUGGUUCCCUCCGAUGGUCGGUGUUCGGACGCGGGGGCCAAGGCCCGGAGGGUCCAGGAGCAGGUCCGACUACGGCUGGCAGAGAAGAAGUCCUCGUCCCUGCCCAGGCUGGACGACUCUCUGUUCGUAUCAACAGCAGAAUACUCCCUCCCAGCUGCAAGAGGCUUCAGUUCCAGAUCCAUGAUACACACGCCGAGCCGCGUCAUGGCUGUUGCCACAAUGCCGUCCUCUGGCUUCUCCUCUCGCUCUGCCGUGGAGACCUCCUCCAAGGUACGAGCCAGCGUGGCCCAAAGCUUCCAGGCUGUGCAGACCAACAGCAGGAGCAGGCGCUCCAAGUCGCUGUGCCAGGCGGACCAGGGGGGGCCUCCUCUGCCGGUUCCCUCGGAGAAUGUCCCGCCUGCCUCUGGCACGUUGAGGCGCACCCUCAGCGGGACUCUGGCCCAGGGGCGGGGCUACUGGCAGGAGGAGGAGAUGCCGCCUCACUUCACCUACAAAGGCCCCUCCCACCGCACCAUCAGCCGCAUCGCCAACCGCCAGCAGCACUACCAGCACCACAGCUCAGCCUACAGCCAGGAUGGAUGGGUAGGGCCGCCACGAGGGGACGGCUGGGCGGGGCCACAGUGGCAUGUGCCAAGGACCGGCCUCAGUUUGGGGGUGGGUCAGUACCAAACCUCCAUGCAGCGAGCGCCAUCUCUACGCAGCGUCAGGAGCGUGGGAAAGGGUAUGGACGUCCUGGAUGGAGCGUCCAUGCACAGCAAUGACCACCUGGGGGGCAUGCAAGGACUGGAUGUGCACACGGCUGUCAGAUAUUUGUCCGAGCCAGACGCCGCCUUGCAGAUCCUCGGAGCUGCUUACAUUCAGCACCAGUGUUACCAUAGCAAUGAUGCCAAAAACCAGGUCAGAGUUCUGCAAGGUAUCCCUGCUCUGGUCCAACUUUUCCCCAGUGACAACCUGGAAGUGCAGCGCUUUGCCACUGGCGCCACCAGGAACAUCAUCUACGAGAACACCCACAACAAGGCGGCGCUCAUCGACGCUGGGGGAGUGGCUCGCCUGGUUAGCAUCAUGAGUGAACCUGAUGAGGAGCUUCGAAAGAACGUCACAGGUGUGCUAUGGAACCUGUCAUCCAGAGACAACCUAAAGGAGAAACUGUGCAGAGAAGCUUUGUCGGACCUCAGCAACAAAGUCCUGAUUCCCCUUUGUGGAAACAUCCCACUCAGCCCAUCUGAGAAGGACGUCUUCAGCAACACCACAGGCUGCUUCAGAAACCUGAGCUCAGUGAAUCAGAGGACCAGAGAGAGGAUGAGAGACACUCCAGGUCUUGUGGACUCUCUGGUCUCCUACAUCCAACAGGAAGUGAGUGCAGAGGACAAAGGUUUGGAGAACUCACUCUGCAUUUUGAGGAACCUGUCCUACCAGCUGUACUCAGAGCUCCCUACCUCAGUCCGACUCCGCCUGGAGGGUCCGACCAGAGGCUCCGCCCCCAGGGACAGCGAGGCCAUCGGCUGCUUCACCAUGUACAGCAAGAAGAGCAUGGAGCACCAGCGCAAUCUGAGUCUGGCCAUCCUGUCUGAGGUGUCCAGGGAACCAAGGGGCUCAGAGUGGCUGUGGCACCCCAAGGUGGUGGCCUUGUACAAGCAUGUUAUGCAGAACAGCGAGAGCAGCUCCAUCAGUAAAGAAGCGGCCGUCGGAGCCCUGCAGAACAUCACCGCCGGAGACGGCAGGUGGGCGUCGGUGCUGAGCUUGGUGGUGCUGGAGCAGGAGAGGAUGCUGCCCACGCUUCUCGACCUGUUGGACACCAACAAUGAGGCAGAGCUACGACCUCUCACCGCCCUCCUGAGGAACCUGGCCAGACAUACCCCCAACAAGGACCUGAUAGCCAAGAACAUGGUGAACGUCCUUGUGUCCAAGCUGCCCAGCGAUGGCCUCCAGAAGACGCCAUCCAGCGAGGUGGUGGUCAACAUCUGCGGCGCCCUCAACCACCUGGUCACCUGCAGCUCCCUGGCAGCCCGGGACAUCUCGUACUUCAACGGCCUGCCCAAGCUGGUGGGCAUCAAGGCGUCCCAUGACGGCAGCUCCGGAGGUCUUAAGGCUGCCAGAGCUGCGUCCACUGUCCUCUGCAACAUGUUCCAGUACAGCAAGCUGCACAAAGACUACAAACUGAAAGGAUUUGCUCGCCGGGACUUUGCGGACGGCACCAUCUAAACUGCUGGGUUGGUUGUUUGCCUGCCCUCUGGGCCGGUUGCUGCUGCGUGUAAACGGAAACGAGGAAGACAGACAACGACCUGAAUGCGCUGCAAGUACAGGAAGAGACUAAAGUGGAUCCAAGCCAACAGAACCAUUUUUUAACUUGACUGAGGAUGACUUGUUACUUUCAUUUCAAAGCACUACAAAUAUUGCUUUUAAAAGGAUAUCGCUGGAGCAUUUACUUCCACUGAGGCUGUGUUUCAAUUGCUUAGCAUUUUGAGUGUGUGCAUGGUUGCAAUUAACAGUCAAAAAGGAGAGCAGAGAAAUAUUGCGAUCAUCAUUUCCGGUCAGUGCGCAAGGACAUGAAUGGUGCUGUCAGGAACUAAGUACCCAGUGUACAUAGUAUACUGUACUUAUUGAAGUGCAAGUGAACUGAAACACAGCCUCUCACAACUCCCUAAAUAUGUUAACCUCUUUUUCUCACUCACAACUAUCCUUGAUGUAGUGUGCAUGCCGGGCCACUAGGGUGGCGCUGUUACACAGCAUCAAGUGUACUUUAUGAAGUUCAACACGAUGAAGUGUACUUGUUAGCAAGAGUGACGGCGGACCAGAAAACGUCUACAUUGCUCAGGCAAGUGUACUAACUACCUAACUAACCCUGGAACAUAUUAGAUUUUUUUAUAUAUUAGAGUUAUAAAACUCUUAGAGGCAGUCGUCCUCUUAGUUAUUGAGUCACGUGCGGCCAAUUAAACGUGUCGAUUGUCACGUAGCAUUCCAAACGACUGGGAAGUCCCAAAUUUUAGUGCGUCACAGGCGGCGGCGUCGUCAUUGUUGUGUGACGUCAUGUGUCACGCCAUUUUGGCACGAGACAGCAGCUUCACAGAACUUUUCCUCCUCUGAGGUUAAUUAUUUCCCGCUUUUCUGGCACACGAGUAAGAACUGUCUCAAUGUAAUGGAGAAUUUUGUGUAAGCAAACUAAAUGAGCGGCGCGUGAUGACGUCACUCAACAAAUAAACUCAACUGUCCUGAUGCCUUUUUGCUUCACGGGACGCUUAACAUACAUGUACCUGCUUGUGUAGUUGUACGGUUGUUGUGUUUUUGGAAACUAAAGCUUCAUUAAAGUAUACAUGAUA